AUGGAUAUCGGCACCGUGCAUCCCAUGUGGGCAGUGACAGGGGGGAAGGAUCCUCAACAGCUCUACGUCACCACGGGCCGGGAAACAAAAAUUCUCGCACGGCCAGUGGACGAGCAAUACAGGCGUAUUUAUUACAUUACCUCUAUUCCCAGCAGGGUUGGUCGCAGCAAUGCGCGCGUCGCAGUUGGGGUGGGGCCAAUGCGGCCGGCGGGCGAAAGCAGGACGAUCCAGGACGCAGUUACCGGACCUAGGAUUAGCAUUUCGAAUCGAAUCGAGAUAGAGUGGGGAGGCGCUCCACCGGGGGCUGCUUCGAACAGCAAGUGGUCGGGCGAGCUGGGGAUUGGCAGCGCGGCAGUUGCAAGAAAGAAAGAAAGAAAGAAAGAAAAGGCAGCCGAUCUGCAGCUGAUCCCUGGAUCCUGCUUCCUGGCAGAGGCAGGAGGGUGGGCUGCCCGGGCAGGCAGGCGCUGCGCUGCCCGUGCCCGCUGCCCGGCACCUUCCCAGAAUCCCAGCGAAGGAAACAGGGAAACUGGAAACAGGGAAACUGGAAGCAGGGAAGGAGCAGCCUGCGGGUCGAACCUGUCAUGCGCGGCGCAAAAAAAAAAACCACUGCAGGGCAGGAGCGCAGUAAGGUUAAUUGUCAAUUCGCUCCUCUCGGCGAUUAUUGCCCAGGAAUGCCCACUGGCAGCCAAGAUGGACCAGACCGAGCCAAGGCUUGGCCGCCAGCAUGCAUGCUACAACAACGUUAAACAAUAUACCGCCGAGUCGGCCCUCGUAUUGGCCUGUCUGCGCCUCUCCUCGUCCCUGACUCGUAUACGGAGUGGCCGUCUCGCAGGCAAGGCCAGGCGACCGCCGGGUCAGGACUCAGGCCUGCAGUCCGCGACGUGGAACUUCCGGUUUAGUGCGCAACUGGCGAAGCUUAAGCUUAAUCCGACACGAGGGACGCCUUGGCUCUGGGGAGCGUUUGCGUUGGCAUCGGUGCGCAAACCUAAUCAGCAAGGGCCCCCACGGUGGGCCGGGGAGGGCGGAGGCCCUCGCGUAAGCCUACGACGGCCAAAUUAA